UUGCCCGGAAGCAGUUGACGUAUGUAUUGUCUGUAUUGGAAUAGACUGAACAAAUGUCUGAUUUUAGAGGGAAAACAGUAAAGCUAGUGGUCAAACCGGGUGCGAUCAAGUUUUGACUUUGUAAAGGCACAGAAUCUUCCAGAAACUAAACCUCAUUUAAAAGCGCUGAGAAGACGCGCGGAUUUUGUGUGCGCCUUUGUUUGUUCUUCAUUGGAACCUUUCGGCACUAAAACUCGUUAAACGUUUUGAUUCCGAGUCUAUAAUCGGAGAAUCUAAAAUCCACGAGAAACGCAGCUACACACAGCAUCGAUGGUUGUUUUCUAGAUGCGGUUGGGGCCGUUGUUUCACUUCAAAACGUCAUCUGAUGCCUGUAGAAGAAAGUAGUGGCGGGAAACCGCGAACACAUUCACAGUGUUUCUCUAAAAUAGAUUGUAAUAAAUACAUUUUCAUCUUAUAAUCAUUAAAGUAAUUUGUUCAUUUUUAGCCGAAAACUUUUCAUUGUUUUAUGCCCGUGUUUCUGGAGAAAUACCUUAAAUUACUGACUGACAAAUAAACAGAAACCUUUUUUAAAACAGCAACAGUACGUACUUCUAACAUUUGUUAAACAGUUUUCAUUUUUAGUUUUGAUCUCGGAUGGGUAAAUUGUUACUAGUUUGAAUCGUUUGGUAAUGCUUUCGUGUUUAAAUUUUGGUUUUGUAACCGGUUUUGAGUCCGUUUCAUAACUUCAAGCGUUAGAAAUUCCCGCUGUAGUUUGGUACCAUGUGACUGCGGUUCUCUUCUCUGAUUGGUUUAUGCACCAAGGCUCUUUAAAGAGACUCGACAAGCCGUGUUCUUAUUGGCUGUCUCGGUUCACGCGCCAACAUUUCAAUAAAAAGGCGAACGUCUUUCAGAAAGCGUUCCAUUCUGCGUCGCCGCUUGUGUCUGCUCUCCGGCGCCGUGUUUGGUCACGCUAAUCUUCAACUUGUGCCGUCGUAUUUUCUCCUGCUGAAGCCAACAUGUUGUCCGCGCGGUCCCCCCUCUCAAUGAAGACUGAAAACAGCGUUAACGUUAAGAUGAGCAGCAUGGCGCUCGACAAAGAAAACACGCCGCCCAGUCUGAACAGCAGCCGCGUCCUCGGGUCCAAAACGGCGCGGAAGAUUUUCAGCGACGCCAAAAGCCUUAAAACGGAGGAGGAGCCGCUGCUGAAGGAGAAUCCUCGCCGCUUCGUCAUCUUCCCCGUCCAGUACCACGACAUUUGGCAAAUGUACAAGAAGGCUGAGGCGUCUUUCUGGACGGCAGAGGAGGUGGAUCUGUCUAAAGAUCUGCAGCACUGGGAGACUUUAAAGGACGAUGAACGCUUCUUCAUCUCCCAUGUGCUGGCCUUCUUUGCAGCCAGUGAUGGAAUAGUUAACGAGAACCUGGUGGAGCGGUUCACACAGGAAGUUCAGGUGACGGAGGCCAGGUGUUUUUAUGGUUUCCAGAUAGCCAUGGAGAAUAUUCAUUCAGAGAUGUACAGCCUCCUGAUCGACACCUACAUCAAGGAUCCAAAGGAGAGAGAAUACCUGUUUAACGCCAUCGAGACUCUGCCGUGUGUGAAGAGGAAGGCGGACUGGGCCCUGAACUGGAUUGGAAACAAGCACGCCGCCUAUGGGGAGAGGGUGGUGGCCUUUGCAGCGGUGGAGGGGAUCUUCUUCUCUGGUUCCUUUGCUGCCAUCUUCUGGCUGAAGAAGAGGGGCCUGAUGCCCGGCCUGACCUUCAGUAACGAGCUCAUCAGCAGAGACGAGGGACUCCACUGCGACUUUGCCUGCCUGAUGUUCAAACACCUGGUGAACAAGCCCUCCUCAGAAACCGUCACAGAGAUCAUCAGGAACGCUGUGGAGAUCGAGCAGGAGUUCCUGACCGAGGCUCUGCCCGUCAAGCUGAUCGGGAUGAACUGCGAGCUGAUGAAGCAGUACAUCGAAUUUGUAGCCGACAGGCUGCUGCUGGAGCUGGGCUUCUCCAAGAUCUACAGAGCAGAGAACCCCUUUGACUUCAUGGAGAACAUCUCUCUGGAAGGAAAGACCAACUUCUUUGAGAAGAGAGUAGGAGAGUACCAGAGGAUGGGGGUCAUGGCGGGCCCCACAGACAACACCUUCAGGCUGGAUGCUGACUUCUGAGCCUGCAGGGGUCAUGAAGUGCAGUCAGGCCACAGUGUGCUGGGAUGUGCACUAAAUCUGAAGCUUCAGCUAAUCAGGCGACUGCUGUCAGUCUGUUUACAAACUGAAAAUGUGUAUAUAGUAAUUUUUGUUUUUAACGACGUUUUAUUUUUUGUAAUACAUUUUAUUGUUGAACUGGAUAUUUUUCAAGUGUUUAAAUUAAAGAUUCAGCUCCCCAUUGUCUAACACUUUUAUUGAGAUAUUGGGUUUGAAUAAAUGGUACUAAAUAUUGACACAUUUGCUGUAAAAUUAAGAGAAUAAUUUGGUUAAAAAACAAGCUAAGAAAAGAUGGCAACAACAGGCUAAACCAGCAUCUGUUUACCCGCAAGGUUCUGUGGUGAUGCUGCUGUCCGGUAACAAAUUACUGUAAUUUAGAAAAUGCUUUUGUCAAUAAUGCAGUCAAAACCAAAAAGAAACUGCUGACUUUAACACCAGAGCUCAGGAAACUUGGUGUCAUCGGGUAGCUGACUUCUUGGAGUGUCUAUACUCCUGAUGGUGUCUGGAAUGAAUGAAUUUAGAGCUGAAGACUUUUUGCAAAGAUCUUUGGUCCAUUUUAACAAACAUGGAGAUGUUUGUCUUUCUGGGGUUUAGGUACAACGGUGAUCAAUAGCCAUUUCAACUCAUUGUCUGACAUUUUAUUUAUUGGUAGCUUUGUAGGUAGAAAGUUUAAGUUUAACAUUUGUCCAGGGACAAUAAAUGAAAAAUAGCUGCUGGGUUCAUUUAAUGUGCAGACAAAUAACAUGUUUAGCAUUAAAACCAAAACGAUGUAUCAAAUGUUUCCAGUAAAAUAAUUUCUAAUAAAGUAAUUUGAAUGAUGGA